AGAUUCACUAAACACAGUGAACUCUACAACACAGAGAUCCAGCCAUGUCUCCUACAGUCACUUCAGCAAGAACCUGCUCUGAGGAACACCUGACUCUCACCAACAAGCUUAGAAAGCCACAGGUGGAGAAGUUACGUAGAGAUCGUAUCAACAGCAGCAUUGAGCAGCUCAAGUCUCUCCUGGGUCCAGAACUCCUCAACCAGCCGCCUGACUCCAAGCUGGAGAAAGCUGACAUCCUGGAGAUGACAGUUUCUUUAUUGAGCCGUCUGCAGCCAAUCAGCUCCUCUUCAUGCUCUGCACCUACCAAUCAGGGUCACUCCAGGUGUGUCCAAGAGAUGGUGCACUUCCUGUCCAAGGAGGAGAUGGAGACAGAGUCCCAGAGAAGACUGCUGAGCCACUUCCAGAGCCAGCAGUCAUCCUCUGAUAAGAACAACAGGGAGACUGACCUGCCUAAGCUGAGCUCCCCAGCCCAGCACAGCAUCAGGAAAGAGAAGAGUCCAGUCAACAGCGCCCCCUGGAGGCCCUGGUAGAGACCUACAGACUGCAGCUCUACUCCCAGACAUGUACAUGUUGGUCAGAGAUUAACAUUACCAACAACAUUAUUGACAAGUGAAGAUGUUCUAUAUGAAUGGAAAGAUUGCUGAUUUUGUCAUAGAUCAUUACGAUAUGAAGCUUUUAUGGUUCUUUGUAAGGACAUUUACCCAAACUGGGCAUUAUUGAUUAAAUCUCUUU